CUUGUGCGAUUUCCAUGACGGGAGAGAAGCGCUCCAUUAAAUUCAUUCGCCUGCAGGAUCACUGAGCGUCAGUGGUGUGUUGUGAGUCUUGCAUUGGAGCGUCUUUUACGGGAUUUUGUAAUGAGGCUAUGGCCCUGCCCUGCAAGUAACGACAUCAAACCAUACGCGUUCCCAGCUGUCAUUAAAGCUGUCGGGUUUUUCCGUGGAGGACAGCAUCUAAGCGGCACUGACAGUCUGUUGGAUGCAUGAGUGUUUUUUCACUUUCUGCUGUUGUAAACAAUGGAUCCAGCAGCGCGGACAGUUUCGCAUUUAGUUUUUAAUGCGUCAAGCGGAUGCAGUUGCUCAUCUGGUUUCCACAUGUUGUUGAACCUUUGGCCAGCUGUCUGAUUCUGGAGCGGAUGCAUCUUUUCAUCGACCUGUGUGAACCCUGAUUUAGGAAGGAUCGAUGCCUCUGACUGCAGGAGGGUGAGGAUGGUCGGCGGGAAGAUGCGAUCAGUUCGUGGUUUCCUCAGGUCAUCCCGGGACUGCUGUUGUUAGGACAUGUUAGUAGACUGCAGCUGGACUGACGAACAACACCUCCUGACACCUCCUGAGCACCACCGCAGCUCACCACCCUCUCUGUUAUUGUCUGGUGGGUGUUAGUCAAGCCUUCCGUCUUCUUCUGUGCUGGAACAGCGCCAAACUCCAAAUUGACCUACAUUCCCCAAAAUGAAUUUCGACCAGGUCCUCUCUGUCAUCGGGGGCUUCGGCAAAUAUCAGAAAAUUUUGUACAUAUGGAUUUGUCUGCCCCAAAUCCUCCUCGCCUUCCACAUGAUGGUGAGCAUCUUCACCGGGGCCACGCCGCCUUAUCGCUGCCGGGAGAGCGCGAGCUCGGUGGCCGGGAAUCAGUCCUCCGUCCCCGUUACACACAGCCUGAACCUCAGCCUGUCGGAUUCCUCCUGCUUCUCCUCCGAUGUCUUGACACAGGGCAACCGGACCGAGCGCGUCCCAUGUGGCCACGGAUGGGUGUACAGCAAGGAGACUUUCCAGAGCACAACAGUCACCGAGUGGGACCUGGUGUGCAGCAGAGCCGGGCUGAACAGUCUCGGCUCGUCUAUUUACAUGUUCGGCCUGCUGGUGGGAUCUGUGGUGUUUGGAGCCAUGGCUGACAGGUACGGCCGACGUUUCAUCCUGCUGCUGUCCAUCGCUCUUCAGACUGUGUUUGGAGUCGCUGUGGCCUUUGCACCCAACUUCGUUGUCUAUGUGAUUCUUCGCUUUUUAGUUGGCACCACAAUAUCUGGAGUCAUCAUCAAUGCCUUUGUGCUCGGCACCGAGUGGACGUGCACCAAGAAGCGGAUGCUGGCCGGCAUCAUCACCGACUACGCAUUUGGCCUGGGCUACAUGCUGCUAGCAGGCGUAGCGUACUUGAUAAGAGACUGGAGAAAGCUUCAACUGGCUAUAUCAGCUCCGGGCUUCCUGCUCAUCUUCUAUAUAUGGGUACUUCCUCAGUCUGCCAGGUGGUUGCUGGCCAACGACAGGAGGGAGGAAGCCAUCGCGCUCCUUCGCAAGGCAGCACUUGUUAAUGGCCGGGUUUUACCUCCGGCUGUACAGGUUGAGAAGAUUUUAGGUGGAGGGAAGCAAGGCCAUUCAGCAGUGGAUCUCGUGCGAACACCUCAGAUGAGGAAGCGGGCUUUCAUCUUGUUCUACAUCUGGUUUGUGAAUGUGCUGGUGUAUUACGGCCUCUCACUGGGCGUGUCCAGGCUGGGGACAAACCUGUACAUGACCCAGUUUGUGUUUGGGUUGGUUGAGAUCCCGGCUCGUUCUCUCGUCCUGCUUGUCCUGCCGUGCAGUCGGCGACUCUCCCAAAGCGGGUUUCUGGCUGUCGGUGGGCUUGCCUGUCUGCUCACGCUCGCUGUCCCCGCAGAUCAUUCCAAUGUCCUGGCUUGUCUUGCCAUGGUAGGGAAGUUUGGAAUAGCAGCUUCCUUUGCUGUAAUUUAUGUGUACACUGCUGAGAUAUUCCCCACGGUGCUUCGGCAAACCGGAAUAGGUGUAUCAUGUAUGUUUGCACGGAUGGGCGGUGUGCUAGCACCCAUUAUAAACAUGCUUCACAACCACAGCCCUACUGUACCUCUGAUCAUCUUUGGUACCUCCCCGCUGCUGGGUGCUGCCCUGGCCCUGGCACUGCCCGAAACUGCCAACAGACCUCUUCCUGACACAGUGGAGGAUGCAGAGAACUGGGAUAUGAGGUCGCCUCGCAACAAGGAGGACCGUGAGAAGUCUGAGGAUAUCAACCAAUCAGCCAGCAGCACAGAGGAGCAGGAGCUACGACAUCUCGCAAGACAGCCCUAAGUGGGUGUAACAGGAUGCACACAUUCCAUUAUUCACAUAUUACACAGCCUCAACUUUGUUAACAGAUGAAGUACUUGACAUCACAUCCUCUAUGCAAUUACAUGUCAGGAACAGAUCAAGAGCUCUAUGCAAGAAAACCAAACACAUUUCAGCCACCAAACUACCAUGCACGUGUGCAUGCACAAAGCAGCCAUUUCUGCAUGCUGCCAAAGCAAAUCAACCGCCUACGGUUUUACAAGGUAAACUGGAAUAAGUGGGCAUCCUUUGCAAACUUGUGCAUUUCACAGAUGUUUACACCUUCAUUCCAAUUUUGAGAAGUGGUUGGAUAUAUUUUACAUAUGAGGUGAGACAGAUAAUUCCAAGAAGACUUUGCAGACACACAGAUCGCAUAUUUGUAUAUAUUUAUAAAUCUACAGGCAUCAGCUCACAGCUCACAUUUCUAAGUUUGUGCUGAUUUGACAAAAAGACUUCAGUGGGCUGCUACUUCCUCUCUGAUGCAGCACACAUACUAACGUUGUGCAGCUUUUGUUGGGACUCCAUAUGGUUUUAUCACACUCUGUGCAUUUGAUAAAGGCACACAAAUAUUUUUGUAUAAAAGUGAACCAUGUCUGUGGACUGUUUGUGGAAUAUCUUCAUUGUACUCUAAUGUUGUGUUGAACAAGCAACUGCCUCAUUUUCUAUGUUAUCAUUCUCAAGCCAAGAGACAUAAAAGUAGUCAAGUGAGAUUGCAUGCAUUAAUUAACUUAAUUAUGCCUUUUGUUAGACUAAUAUAGCUCUUUUGUAGUUUUUAUAUGGAAACUAUGGGAUGCGAAUGUGAUCAGCAUGUAAAACAAUAUCUGAUUUCAGCAGUUUGGAAAGGUGUGUUGUUUUUAUUAUAUUGAAUUAUACGCCAAUGUGAAAUGACUCGCUAUGAUGACUUCGAUCUGUGAACUAUCUGGUACAUUUUUAUAAGUGUUUAAGGGCUGUUACUGUGUAUAUGAAUUAUUGAUACAUAUAAAGCACGGAGACCAGCUCAGGUCAUGUAAUAUGCUAUGUUACUCAGGCAAAAGGGAUUUGAUUUUUCAAAAUCUAUUAUUCCUAUGGCAAAGAAAUGUGAGGCCAGUAUGCAUUGAAUGUGUAAACUGCAUUUGUGGAGGGGAUAACCUGUUAUUCCAUUGCAUGGAUUUAGAAAGCAUGACUUACUGCUGCCCACAGAAUGUGAGUUAGAUCAACCAGAGAUGUCAUGGAAGCCAAAAAACGGAAAACUUUCCAAUUUUUUAAUUGCAUUGAUUCCAGCCCAGUGCAUCUGAAUGCAACAAAUUAUAAAGUAGCGAAAGUGCAAGUGGAAAUGUGUCACAAAAUGUACAACUCAAAUGAAGGCACUGAAGCUAUGUGCCACUAGCAAUAAACCUGUCAACA